GCCCGGGGGCUGCGGGGGGGGGGUUCGUGUGGAUGUCUCCACGGGGGGUCCCGGUGCAAAAGGGCGCGGCUCUCAGCGUGAUCUUGUCAGAAUAAAGGGAGAAAACGGGGAGCGGCGGCGCGAGCGGAGCGCGCGGACUGCCAGGGCUGCGGACGCGCUGCUGUCUGGCGGCUCUGGCGGGAGGGUCAGGGUGCCGCCGCAGAGCUGCAGGACCCUGCUGGUGGUGACGGACGGCCUUUUGUCCCGGAGGAUGACUCUCCGUCUCGGGCAGGCACCAUGGAGUUGAGAGUGGGGAAUAAAUACCGGCUCGGCAGGAAGAUCGGUAGCGGCUCCUUCGGCGACAUCUAUCUAGGGGCCAAUAUCGCCACAGGGGAAGAGGUGGCCAUCAAACUGGAGUGUGUGAAGACCAAACACCCGCAGCUGCACAUUGAGAGCAAGUUCUAUAAGAUGAUGCAGGGAGGAGUGGGGAUCCCCUCUAUAAAGUGGUGCGGGGCCGAGGGUGACUACAACGUGAUGGUGAUGGAGCUGCUGGGACCCAGCCUAGAAGACCUCUUCAACUUCUGCUCCCGCAAGUUCAGUCUGAAGACCGUGCUGCUGCUAGCGGACCAAAUGAUUAGUCGGAUUGAAUACAUCCAUUCGAAGAACUUCAUUCAUAGAGACGUGAAGCCUGACAACUUCCUGAUGGGCCUGGGCAAGAAAGGCAACCUGGUCUACAUCAUCGACUUUGGCCUGGCCAAGAAGUACCGCGAUGCCCGCACACACCAGCACAUCCCGUACCGGGAGAACAAGAACCUGACGGGCACAGCUCGCUAUGCCUCUAUCAACACCCACCUGGGCAUCGAACAGUCCCGCCGUGACGACCUGGAGUCCCUGGGCUAUGUGCUGAUGUACUUCAACCUGGGCUCACUGCCCUGGCAGGGACUCAAGGCCGCUACCAAGAGGCAGAAGUAUGAGCGCAUCAGUGAGAAGAAGAUGUCCACCCCCAUUGAGGUCCUCUGUAAAGGCUACCCCUCUGAGUUUUCCACCUACCUGAACUUCUGCCGCUCACUGCGGUUUGAUGACAAGCCAGACUAUUCAUACCUGCGGCAGCUUUUCAGGAAUCUGUUCCACCGGCAGGGCUUCUCCUAUGACUACGUCUUUGACUGGAACAUGCUCAAAUUUGGUGCCAGCAGGACAGCAGAAGACGGCGAGAGGGAGCGCAGGGCAGUCGACGACAGGGACGAGCGUAUAGUGAGCGGACCCAGGGCAUCUGCAGCUCGUGCGCCUGCCCCUGGCCCCAACCCGCCUGCCCCUGGCAGGGUCCGCAAUGGCUCCGAAGCAGCUGUUGCCAACCCUGCUUCACGGGUGCCCCAAACAGGGAAUGCGUCUCCACGUGCCAUCUCACGGGUAGAGCGGGACAGGAAAGUGAGCAUGCGGCUACACCGGGGUGCCCCCGCCAACCUGGCCUCUUCAGACCUCCCUGGCCGACAUGACCCAUCCCGCAUCACUGUCCCCCAGGUCAGUGUGCCAUUUGAGCACCUUGGGAAGUGAGGCCUGCUCUCCUCUCACCUGCCAGACCUGUCCAGGUGAGGGGCAUCCCCACAGUAACUCCAUUUCACACCUGGCUGAAGUCAGCGCCUUGUCAAACCCACAGCAGGAAGGCAUGCUUUUGCUUCGGCCGAGAGGAACUAGUCAGUUCCUACUCUUAACUGACCGUUUAAUUCUGCCAGGUACUGAAACUCUGAUGGCUUAAUUUAAUUCUGUCUUCACUUUGACACCAGCAAGUAAAGCACUGUGGUGUGGAAGUGUGCCAUUGGAUAUAUAGAAAGGUGAGUCGUCAAGGCGGCCUUCGAGAGACACCUUGUUUGUUUUUGUUGAGGAUAACAAUGGCCAGUGGGACUAAUCGGAGAGACGAGAAUGAAGAUGGAACAGGAUGUUAAAUGUCACAAAUGGAAGUGGUUCUCAACCAAGAGAACCUCAAUCUCAGCCCAUACCCGAAUGUACCAGAAUGAAGAAUUCAACUCCUCCAGUCCUUCCAGCCACUACAGUAUCAAGGACCACCAGCACACUCCAUCCGUCAUCAGCCACCACCAGAACACCGGCAAGGACAUUCAUAGUCUGAAGCUUAAUGGAUCUGCUCGUUGAUACAGAGGGAAAAACUGAGUGGUGAUUGGAUUAUUUCAGGUGCUAAUGAAGACUUAAAGUAGAAUUUGGUCAUUUUAGGUUUAUGUACACAUUACAGUAACCUUUGGCUUUUUUUUUUUUAAAACAUCUGCAUAAGUUGUCCGCUUAUGCUAAUAUUUUGUAGCAUUUUUAUAUUGAUUUCUCUUUAAUUGUUAAAUCUUCUGUUCGUUUUGUACGAGUAACAUUUCUUCAGAACUUGCUUCUGGGUUUGGACGGGUCUUGGAAAGGAUGAUUUAGGCUUUAUGCAUAGCUGUUUGAAGGGAUCAAGUGAGCAUGAGAAUGAAGGGCAGAAGGCUGAGGGUGGCAAAGCUGCGAAGGGUACUGUAAGUGAACACGAGCGAUGUUGUGAUGGUUCGACAGCGGCUGGAUGUCUCUUCCCACGGCGCCUUGAAGGAAUAUCUCACCUGCGUUUCUUCCAUGUCCGUGUUUUUGUUUGCAGAGUGUCCCAGGGAAUAUGGUAUUCAUAAGCUAAAGACAUAACCAACAGUUGAGAGAGAUGGACUUGAUCCCUUCCCCUGCAGCCUCCCUUGUCAAUCCACUGUUGGAACUUUUUCCCUUCAUUCGUCUUGUCCUCUCCUCUCUCUCAUCAUUUGAACAUUCCUCAGUUUUAAUAACGGGUACGUUUUGCAGGGACGGUCUAUGGAGUUAUGUGUUGUAGGCUUCUUAACAAAAGCCAUAUGAAUAUGACAUUGCUCCAUGAGUUAGAUUGCUCUUGUUAACCAUGGCUUUUAAUUAUUCAUUUUAUUGUUUUUUUUUAUUAAUGAGGGCUGAAAUGUUUGAGGGGUGGCUAUUUUGGACACUGUAAAUAUUUUUUUUUCUUUUCUGUAAAGCUAAAAUGUGUUAAGGUGUGAUCUAGAAAACAAGGGGGAUGAGGGAGAGUAAUAUUAAAAAAAAUGAACAGGUGGGGUUUAGCCAUAGUUACACUGCCAACUGGGUCAUAUUUUGGUUCCCCUUUCUGUGUAGAAUCUGUACUGUGUAUCCUUUGCAAACGGUAAUGUGUGUUUACCCUUCAGUGUCUAUCGUUUUGGCAGACUUAUUUUUAGCCAGAGGAUCAGUAGAUCUUCUGAAUCAUUGUUGUGUGCCGUCAGCCCAAGUUGAGGGGACGCAGUUUGUUUUUGCAGCACACUGGCAUCUUUAAUGAAUUCUUUUCCCCAUCACGUGUGUAGACCAGGGCAUGGAAGAGCUUACACUCCCCUUUUUUUCUUUUUAAUUAUUCUUUGGGAAGCGUAGGAAUCCCUCUUGGCACAUCCUAAGAGUUAACGCACGUGCUGGUGGUUCGUUGUGCCGUUAUUGCUGAAAUAUUUCGGCUUGGUCAGUCUGGUCUUUGAAUAUUUUGUCCUCAAGAAUCUGCAUCUCAUCACUUUGAACUGCUUGGCUAUCAGUCCGUAGCACCUGUUUUCUCACCUUACUCUUUUCGUCUCAGGCUGCACUGACCACUCUUGACUGUGUGCCAGGAGUACAUAUUGACUUGGUUGGGUGUUUUUUUUUUUAGGGAAGGGGAUGUUCAUGAAAUGCUGGGAUUGAUUCAUGGGCUGACAUCAUCCACCAAAUGGGCUCAUGUCACAGAUUUUUUCCCCCCCUGCAGCAACCCUUCUAAAUUUUGCAAAUGUAUGUUGUUUUAAAUUUUUCUUGUGAAAUGACUGUGGCAGUGUGACAUAUGGAAGAGGGGUGGACUCACGCUCUGUGUUGUGUGCUGAUAUCUUGUACAGUUCUUUAACACGCUUAACU